UCUGCUGGGCACAGGUGGGCGGAGCUAGUGGGCGCACUGCUGGGCACAGGUGGGCGGAACUUGCGGGUGGCACUGCUGGGCACCGAUCAUCAGGGCACUGAUCAUCAGUGUCCUGAACGUGAGGAAAGUGCAGCCGAGAACCGGCACUUGCAUUUCCCUCUGAUCAGCGUGUCAUUGGACACCGCUGAUCACGUGGUAAAAGGCCGCUGUGAUUGGCCUUUUACCACAUCACGUGAUCAGCUG